CGAACUAACAAGACAAUUCGAAGUUUGCUCGUCAACAUAGUCUCUUUUGAACGUUUUGAAGCUCGGAGUAGUAUAAGCGCUUUGCUUCCUUUGGGUUUCUGCUUUAGGGAGCUUAAUUCCGAUCAUAAUGGCGUCGGGUCGCGCCUCGGCGAGUCCAACGCCAUUGCCAUCAACGGAGACUGAUGGGGCACAAAUAAAGACCGAAGACUCCAAUGUCACUGAACACGAAUGGGAAGCGAUGCAGUCUGUUUUGGCAAAUAUUUAUGCCCACAGGAAUAGCGACGGACAUGAUCCUUCGAAACAUUUCCAUCGCAAAGUGAACAGAAGGAUUACUCCCGAUUAUUAUGACGUUAUCAAAGAACCUAUGGCUUUGAGUACAAUCAAACAACGCAUCAAUGCUAGAGAAUACAAGAAUUUCUCAGAGUUCGUUCGGGACUUUGCUUUGAUUCCACACAAUGCGCAGUUGUACAACAGACCAGAAGCAUUGGUCUAUCACGACGCUCUCACCUUCAAGGCUGUUCUUGAAGCCGAGCUUCAAAAGCUCGUGGAUCGACAUAUCGUGUCCGCUGAGGUGACCGUACUUCCUGACCUCGGAGAAAUUCCACCAGCGUCACCUCAACCGAUCAAUGAAGAAGAUGAUGACGAAGAGGAAGAAGAGGAAGAAGAGGAAGAGGACGAUGGGGAAGAUUCUGAUGAGGAAGGCGUCCGGAGGCGCCGGAAAAGGGCAUCUAGGAUGGGAGCAAUCAAACGCGAUGGUGGCGCCUCAAAGGAUGACGCUGGGCAGAAAGGCAACGAUGCUGAUUCGAGGAAAAGGCGCGGUCGACCUCCGCGGGUUGAUACUCCAAUGGAAACUAGGAUCAAAAACAUCCUCAAAGGCAUCAGGAAAUUGAAGAACCCGGAUGGGCAACUCAAGGUUGCUCACUUUGAGAAACUUCCUGAUAAGGCUACGAUGCCAGAAUAUUUCCAGGAAAUCAAGACACCUUUAGCUAUCGAUAUCAUUAAGAGGAAGCAAAAAAGGAAGAAGUAUCAAUCAGUUGAUCAUUUUAUGAAGGAUAUGGAAAUCAUGUUUGAAAAUGCUAAGAUGUAUAAUGAGGAUGAGAGUCAGAUAUACAAAGAUGCUGUCGAGCUGCAAGUCGAAGCUCGCAAGCUCGCUGAAAUUGAAAUGAAGAAGCCCGACAGUGAGCUUAUGAUGGAGGACGGUCGGAUGCCAUUGGAUUACAUUCUCCAUAAUGGAGAGCUCUGGAAAGUGGGUGACUGGGUUCACAUACAAAACCCUAACGAUGUCACCAAGCCCAUUGUUGCCCAAAUAUAUCGCACCUGGCAAGAUGCGGAGGGGCAGAAAUGGGUCAACGCAUGUUGGUACUAUCGGCCUGAGCAAACCGUUCACAGGUAUGAACGUCACUUUUUUGAACAUGAAGUCGUAAAAACUGGACAAUAUCGUGAUCAUCAUGUGGAUGAGUUGGUGGACAAAUGCUAUGUCAUGUUCUUUACCCGUUUUAACAAGGGUCGUCCGAGGGGAUUCCCUUCAGACAAAGAGGUUUAUGUCUGUGAAGCACGCUAUAACGAAGAAAACAAACGCCUAAACAAAAUCAAGACAUGGGCUAGUUGUCUACCGGAUGAGGUUAGGGAGAAGGACUAUGAAAUGGAUUUGUUUGAUGUGCCCAGGAAGAUGAAGAAGGUUCCAAGCCCAAUCAAGCAUCUACUGAAGGCAGAUGCAAAGGAGGAUGAUCCAUUGCCUGAGCCGACAUGGGGAGCAGAGAAUGCACCGCCCAUUGUGGGCGCGGUGCAUCGUCGACCUCGUGAAUCUAAUGAAUCACCACCGCCAGAACCCACACCUUCGCCUCCUCCGCAGCCACCUGCAACGACGCAGCCAGUGAGACAGGCAUCAAGCACUACACUUAACGCUUCAGCAACCUACGGACAAGAAACACGAGCCGACAUGCCUCUGAACGAGCAUGGUCGGCAGUCGUCAGUCUCUGUUUCAACACCUGCACCUUCCACUCCGGCUCCAAUUUCAUACCAACCUCAGAACGCUCCACAAGCCACCAAGCAGUCUGCAUCGCCUGCGCCUGCACUUCAACAUACAUUUGCUACACAGCCGAUCUCUUAUUCGCCUCAUCCACCUCAAACUCCGUUUUCUACAGCACAACAGCCGAGCUUCCCCGGGGCUCAGGUUGGUUACGGCUUUCCUCCACCAACAGCUCGCCCAUCUCUGUCUGCGGGCACUAUGUAUAACCCGCCAAAGCCGGUUGAAGUAUAUCAUCUCAGCGACGCCGCAAACCUUGCGAUUCCGGAGGAUAUUCGAGAUCAGUUUCAUCAAGAUGGACACGGCCGUAUCUUGUUUUUCACCACCCCUCCCCUUUAUGCCCUCCCAGAAGUAAACAAGGGCGAAGCAGUUGGCCACUCUGCCCGCUACCUUGCAGCCAAGGCAAAGCGGGGUGAGAGCUUACAGAGGAAGCGCAAACUUGCCAACGCGACUUUUAAAAACGAAGUUGGCCUAAGCAAGAAAAUCAAAUUGGCAGAGAGAACUGGGUCUCCUCAGGAUGUUGCACGGUUGGCUCAGAACUUGGAAUCCAUGUUCGAGAAACAGAUGGAAGACGGAACAAUGGCGAUCUAUCAGAAGACGUUUGGGGAGAAGUGGGAAGAAGUCUGGAAAGCCGAGGCCACGCGAUUGAGGGGUCUACAAGAGAGAGCCAGCGUGGAUAAAGGAUAUCAUUAUGAACAGUCGCGUGCAAGGGAGGAGCGGGAUGAGAUAUCAUUCAAAAGACCCAGAGUCUUUUUGGAUGAUUUUGACCCAAGGUUUUAAGCCUUGGUCCUGAUGCCGACGUUUUCGUGUGUAUUAUCAAUAGUAGUGAUCCAGUUUCUUGGAGUGCAGUGGCUGCCGCUUUUCUCAUGGCAGAUCAAUAAUUUGUCAAGACAGUAUGUUAAGUGACUAUAAUUCUUCAAGAAAUAUACCUGAAGGG